AUGGAGAAUGGGGCUGCAUCCUCUACAGGAGGAGAGGGCUUCCUCUCCAGGAUGGCCCUCAAUGACAACAAGGCUGGUAUGGAGGGUCUUGACAGGGACAAGAUCAACAAGAUCAUCAUGGAGUCAUCCAAGGGAUCCAGGUUUUAUGAGAAUGAGCUGAAGAGAGAGCAGCAGGUGAACCAGCGCAUUGAGAAAAUGAUGCAACAAAAGGCACAGAUCACAGAGCAACAGUUAAAGAAAGCACACGCUCAGGUGGAGAGGUUGGCCAGUGAGUUGGAGAUGAGUCGUGAUCUCAGCCGUGUGAUUGUACAUGUGGACAUGGACGCUUUCUACGCUGCCGUGGAGAUGAGAGACUGUCCUGAGCUGAAGGACAAACCCAUGGCUGUGGGAUCCAUGAGCAUGCUGUCGACGUCUAACUACCAUGCCAGGAAGUACGGGGUCCGAGCCGCCAUGCCCGGCUUCAUUGGAAAGAAACUCUGCCCCAGCUUAGUUAUUGUGCCCACCAACUUUGACAAAUACAGAGCUGUGAGUGGUGAGAUUCGGAGGAUUUUUGCAGACUAUGACCCUCACUUCCAGCCAAUGAGUCUGGAUGAAGCCUAUCUGGAUUUUACAGACCACCUGGAGCAGAGGCAGAGCUGGCCAGAUUCCUCACGUACACAUUACUACCGGGCCAGCAGCACCACCACAGGUGAGGAGCAGCUUCCCCAGGAGGCAGCGCCAGAGGACAAAGACCUCUCUCCAGUCCUUUUUGACGACAGCCCCAGCUCCUUGCCAGGCUCUGAUGGUGUCAGUGCUGCUGCUGGUGCAUUUGAGGUGUUUGGGACAUCUGUCGAAGAGGCUGUGAGAGAGAUGCGCUUCCGCAUUGAGCAGAAGACCAUGCUGACUGCCAGUGCAGGAAUUGCUCCAAACACGAUGCUUGCCAAGGUGUGCAGUGACAAGAACAAGCCCAACGGCCAAUACAGACUCCCCUCCACCAGAGAGGCAGUGAUGGACUUCGUCCAGAAUCUCCCAGUUCGCAAAGUUUCUGGCAUUGGGAAGGUGAGUGAGAAGAUGCUAAACGCUCUGGGUGUCAGUAGCUGUUCUCAUCUUCGCCAGCAGAUGGCGUUGCUGUCGUUGUUGUUCUCGGAGGCAUCCUGGCAUCAUUUCAUGCAGGUUUCCCUGGGUCUGGGCUCCACAUAUAUACCCAGAUAUGAAGAAAGGAAAAGCAUGAGCACAGAAAGGACAUUUAAAGAACUGAGUAAAGUCGAGGAGCAGAUGUCUUUUUGCAGAGAGCUCUGUGAAGAUUUAGCAGAAGACAUGAAGAAAGAAGGUCUAAAGGGUAAAACAGUGACGCUGAAGCUGAAGAACGUGAACUUUGAGGUGAAAACCAGGGCGUUGACGCUGCCGUACGCCGUUGCUACAGUGGAUGAGAUCUUUGCUGUUGCUAAGGACCUACUGAAAACAGAAAUCGACAAUGAAAGCCCCCAGCCACUCAGACUGAGGCUCAUGGGUGUUAGGAUCUCCGCCUUUGUCAGUUCGGAUGAUAAAAAGCCCCUGCAGAGGAGCAUCAUUGGCUUUCUUCAGCCAGGCAAGACUGACUCUAGUGGCUCUCCCCAAGGAAUGAUUCAAAAGCUUGACAAAAAGCAUCUCUCCGAUCACCCCUUCCAGGCGGGGCCCCUGGCGCAGAAGUACCAGCGACAAGAGGAAGUUCCCAUGUGGAGUAAGCAGAGGGGGUUAGAGGGGGUGCAGACUGGUGAGGAACCCAAACAGUCUUUCUUCCAAAGGGCUCAUGCCAAAAGACUGCAACUCCAGGCAGGGAAUGCCUACACACAAGAGGAAGAACAGAAUGCUUCUGUGAUUCCUUCCACAGGCGCUGAUGCCCAACAGGGUGUAGAGUCAUCAACAAAAGCACACAAGAAUAACUGUGCGGCCUCAGAUCUCUCAGAAAAAGACUCAGUCUCCCUCCCAGAGGCCCAAGCUUCCACAUCAGGCUGUGGUGGCAAGGUGUCAGAGAGCCUCACCUGUCCGGUGUGCUUCAGGCAGGUCAAGACGACCGAUCUGACUGUCUUCAACACACAUAUAGACCAGUGUCUCAGUGAUGCCUCCAGUAAGCCCAACCAAUGCACAGUUUCUGACUCGGAGUCAGAUCUGGAUCUAGAAAACGACCCGAAAGAAUGUGAAAUGGUGAACAAAUGUACAAGAGAGUGUGAGGUUGAAGUGGAGAAAGCAGAGAGCAGUAAGGAGUUGGAGGUGAACAGUAAAGAUCCUAAGAAAGACCAGCACAGCUCAAAAAAACAGCCCGGGAAAUCAAUGGUUUUGUUGAUCAAUGGUGACAGCGAAAUGGUGACCUCUCCACAGCCUCAGUCAUGUAAUGAUAAAGGCCGCGUCCUCAUCUGCCCAGUAUGUCAGCUGACCCAGGAUAGCAAUGACCUCAUUGUCUUCAACCACCAUGUUGACCUCUGCCUGAACCAGGAAGUCCUACAUGAGCUGGGGGGGCAGAUAUCAUUUCCCAUAAAUCCACCCUCAGUUAUAAAUAGCAAGGCCAGAGACAGAGGCCGUCUCCUGCCGGUGCAAGCAAGUACAGGCAAAACCAAACGACGGGGCUCCCCUUCCUCUCCUCCUUCUAAAAAGGCUAAAGGCCUCUGCCCUCGCAACACCAUCGACAAGUUCUUCAGGUGACAGCCAUGCAUGAAGAAUAUUCAUCCUCGACUGGAAAUGAAAAAACUCCUUUUCUCUGUCUCUCUUCAGAAAACCUGUAAUUAAGAUCACAUAUAUAAGAAGCUUAGUAUUUGCACUAUUAUGCCUUAUUUGUUUUUUAUAAGCCUUUCUCUGGACAAGAAAUUAAAGAUGAAGAUAAGCAUAAUGUUUUUGUUGUAUAUGCAAAAUGGAUCAUAAGGAUAUUUAUUACAUGCUGAGUGUUGGUACUUUAAUUUAUCUUCAUGACAUUAUUUUAUUCAGAUAUUAUCAGUAAUAUCAAUUUGUAUUUAUUGUGUUUUCUAAUGAUGAUUCUGUAUAUGUUUAAUAAUGAAGAUAAGAGAAUUCUUCUAUCGUGUAAAUCAAAGUUGAAAUAAAUGACUAUU